GGCUUGGAUAUCCGUGCACAAAUUGGUAAGAUUGCGGCCGCAGACGUGGCGAGUGGUGCGAAAGAAUUCACGUUGGUUGGUUUCUUAUCGAAUGAUCAUUUUGCGGUUUUGCCGUCAACAUCGAAGAUGAGUGCGCCCGAACAGAGCGGUGCUACUGCGAGUGUAGUGGCCAAAACGGUACCGACGAGUAAUCCGGUUGGCCGACCACCGAAAAAGAAAAUGUCAUUAGACGAAUAUCGAAAACGCAAGACGACUUCAUGUGAUAAAAGUGAAGACAAUCAUCACCAAUUGAACUCAACCAUUGCAACAACGACUGCAAGCGAACAAGUCUCAUCAUCGUCCACGGCUGCUGUAACGUCGAAAUCAGUGAGCAGCAGCAGCAGCACCACGCCACAUUCGUUCAUUCCAACCGUGAAUGCAGCCGAAGUCACUCGACGUACAUCGCUACGUCUCGGCGCUCUACCGGAUCCCUCUCAGCUGAGGGCUUUGCCAACCGUCUCGUUGGAUGAUCUCAAGGAACGAAUCUACGGUAAACGAGUCUCUGCAGCGGCUUCUUCUUCAUCGUCCAAUGCGGCGGCCUCUUCCAGUCAAGCUUCUGUAACGUCCGUAUCACCUCUGCCGUCUGUACCCACUUCGUCGUCGGCUGUUGGCGGCUCUUCGUUUCAGUCAAAAACGCCGUUCACUCGACGAUUCAACGCUCCCACUACCAUUACGGCAACACCGCAAACACCACCGGACAGUAGCAGUGGAAUAGACAUGAAUCAGGUUCGUUCUGAGGUUUUUGCCAUGUCCAUUUUGUUCUGA